ACCCACCGACCACCAGGAAUACUCAUCAGGAGAGACACAGUCCUCAUCGAUAUCAUCAUUGUCACACGGCACCGGUCAGUCACGCGUUGGAUUGCUGGCGGAAACCAAAUCAAAGCUAUUACGCCGUGCAGACUGCGUGGAAAGCAGAUGAAUGACGAGGUCAGUGCAGGAUGAAGUUGGACGACUAGAAAAAAGAAGAAAAAAAGUUAUUCACGUAACAGAGACGAGAAAGAAGCAAGAGACGGAAAAUAAGACGAUGCGCUAUAUCAAUAUGCGCCAGUCAGUACUAUCUAUAAAGUACAACUGGUAUCAAUUGAAAAGGUGGAGACCUUAGAAAUGGAAGGAAAAGGACUUCCGUUAUUUACUUCUAGAAACGUGUUAUCCAAGAAGGACACCUUUUCAGCAAUAUACAGCGGACAGUUGGAAAGCGUCUUUGGAGUUGGACUAAGAAGAAAGAAAAAUGUUUAAUGGAAUUUUCGCAAGUUGACUCAAAUCUGAAACGUGUGAGGGUGAAUAAAAUACGGCAGAGUGGAGAGACGCAGCGAUCAUCCCUGUUCUCCAACCGAUGAGCUCGCGCCUGGCUGAAGAUUCAGUUCCCAGGAGAAAGUGCAGCGAUCAUUGAUGUGUCGAUAAUACAGGAACCUGCGGUAGUCGGUCUAAAAGUUUUAAUAAUCGUUAAUCAAUCAUUGUAUCUAAUAACAACCGCCUUACCUCACCUCAGGUCGCAUUACGUGACACCUAGUAGGCCGGGUGUCCACGGAGCACUGGAACCACCAGGACGACGUAGAUGCUGAUCUUAGGAUCGUUGAGACUCUAACUUUUAAUGCAAUCAACUGGUCCUGUCGAAACUCAGGAAUUACUCAGGAAUUGCUCGGAUUCUUGCAACGACGUCGUUACUAUUGGACGAACCAGUGCGAGGAAGACGGUGGUUCGAUCGCGUCGAGACGUCCAAAGGAUGAACCAGUAAAGGAGGUGUCGAAUAAUAACAGAUCGGUUUGGCGAUAACAAGAAGACCAGAGAUUACGAGGCUCUAGAUAAUUCGAGAACGACGUGCCAGUGCUUCCUGAGUCUUUUAUUCGCUCUCCUGACUCUCUUCAGGUGGACUUUCCCGUGUCCACCCAUGAGGACGCGUUUACGGACGUUAAAAUAAGAAGGCACGUAUAAAAGGGUGGACCUCCGAGGGACGUCUCGGGAGGCUGCAUGACCUUCGGCAAACUGCAGGAUCAUCUAGGGUCGAAGCUCCCGACGGAAUUCUGAAGAAUUAACUUGACCUCGAGGUUGACUGUAGCUUCGCAUAGGUGUAAAUAGAAAGGAAGUCGUAUUUUAUUCAACGAGCAAAAGAAAAAAAAGGUCGAUCCUCCACUCGGCUGUUAUUAACGAUAAAAAAAUCCCCAAUAAGAGCGAGCUAAGGAUUUUUUAUUUUUUUUUCCCAUCGCGUCGAGAACGUCGUGUCUUUUGUUAUUUACAUUAUUUUUCGUCUCUUUCACUUGGUUCCCACUGUACGGCAUUGUUUUCGGUAUAAAGAGGGAGGAUCCGUCCGGUAGACGAUUUAGCUAUCUUUUUUUUUUAAUUCUCAAACUUUUAACCUCUGGUCCGCAUCAACGGUGGUCUUGGACGCAUUCGUCAAGGUGCCGGACAAAUUGUCCGAAGUUUUUGGGGAUUUUUUGGAGCUAGCAUGCGGUGGCGCGAGCGGCGGGGGGAUGGGGACUGAUAAAACAACCACGAGUACUGGCACUAGCACUGUUAGCAAAAUCGGAGUUGUUACCGGGGUGGCUAUUAUCAGGGGCAAAUGGGCACAGAGGGGUAGUCGAUCACCAUUGUGCUCCGUUACCACCACUGAUAGUGCCGACAGUACUCUUUCUACGGCAAGCUCCGAGGAAUUUAACGUCGCCAAAGAGCAGCACGCCGUACAGCCAUCUUCGAUUAUCGGCGAACCUGGGUCUGGAUUGCCGCAUCAGAGUCGCAGCUAUCCUGGAGGAGGCGGAGGUGGUACCGGAAGUGGCGGUGGUGGCGGACGUGUAUUGGCAAGAAAUCCUUCGGUCAGUUCCCAGAGUUCUCUGGAAGGUGCAUCAAGCCCAUCUGUUCAUCGAGGUUCCUCGCCACAAAUCCGAGCCUAUGGACCGGAUGGGCGUCAUCGUCACCAUGACCCACUUCACGCUGCCUCCUCGUAUCCUCCUAGCAGAAGCUCCAGAUCACCAUCGCCGGCCAGGGCGGCAUCUCUCGAUGCUCGAUCCGGAAGUCCUGGAAGUAUCCACAGUGGAGCUCUGAGUGGCACUGCCUCGCCUUCCCAAAGCUCUUUGGCUUCAUUGACAACAGUUGCCAGCUCUUCCUGUGGCUCAGCUGCAGUCAGUGGUCUACCUACCGGUAGAGCUGGUGCACGAUGUCUUUCACCUUUACUCAUACCUCCACCUAGAACCUCCGUGAGCGAUGGUGGAUUUGCACUACCUGCUUCUCCACUUGGAUCACUACAGCCUGAUCUCUAUCCUCGAAGAGAUGGACCAUUGUUCCUCAGUGCCCGCAGGUCGGGAAAGAGCUUGGGCCGACUACAUUUACGACUUACCUAUGACUUUGAUCGAUCCGAUCUUGAUGUUCAUCUGAUUGAAGCACAUGAUCUAGCUGGAAGUGAUCAGGGUGGCUUCAACGAUCCCUACGUCAAGUUGACUCUCAGUCCUGAAGUUGAUUCACGGAAACGACAGACACAAAUUCACCGUAAUAACCCCAAUCCCUUUUUCGAUCAACAUUUUAAAUUUCCUGUCAGCCAUGAAGAACUACAAGACAAAACCCUAGUUUUACAGGUAUUUGAUUACGAUCGCUUUUCGAGGAACGACGUGGUGGGCUCUGUAAGGGUGGCUAUGGACGAGCUCGAGUUAGUAUCUUCAUCGUCAUCGGUAGAAGUUUGGGGCGAAAUAGCACGGGAAAAGAAACCACCAGAAGAGAUGCAAGAAGUCUUGCUCUCGUUGUCCUACCUACCUAGUGCUGAAAGACUAACAGUAGUCAUGCUCAAAGCCAGAAAUUUAUUUCCACCUCAGGAUAAAGAGACCCUGGAUCCAUUCGUAAAGGUAUACCUACUCUCAGGGGACAAAAGAGUCAAGAAAAAGAAAACCGCUGUCAGAAAGGCUACCAGAAAUCCUGUCUGGAACGAAGCCCUUUCAUUUAAUGUUCCAGCAUCAGCAUUGGCGACCUCUGCCAUUGAAGUAUGCAUCCUAGACUCGAGUAGCGAGUUGAUCGGUGGCAACGCUAUCGUCGGGUCCUGUAUCGUUGGACCAGGUUCAGGACCAGGAUCAGGAUCAACAGCAGAAUCUGCAAGCAGCCAGGGCCGAGAUCACUGGCUUCACGUGACACACGCACCAAGAAAGGCUAUAGCCAUGUGGCAUGCCUUACACUAGUACCUUAAACGAUCAGUGUACCAGGAAAAAAUGGAGUCAUGUCCAAUUGACAAUUUAUCAGAGACAUCAAGCAACAUUAAACGACCUCAAGUUCUCUACGCUGCACAUCAUUUCGUCCAAUAAAUCCAACAGGAAAGUGUACUAGAGUCGACUAUGAAAUAGAAAAAAUAAAUAGAACCGACACAACGAAGUAAUUCGGACAGAGUAUAGCUAGACUAUAGAACAUCUUAUCACUGGAUAAGAGCACUCGCUUAAUGCAUCAAAGUUAUAUCACACAAUAACAAACAAAAAAUUCCUCUUGAAAGACAGCUAGAAUAAUAAUUUCCAGGACCGAAGUGUCAUUCCGAAGAAUCACGAAGUCUCGAAUGAGAAACAAUAAUCAAUGCCUAUAAAAAAAAAAAGAGGACAAAGUAUAUUAUUACAUUUAAUAAUAUAUAUUGGAUCAUGUAUAAAUGAUCACUGCCUGAUACGAAAAGUUUUUAAGCAUUAUCAUUGGCGAUUUCUCAUAUAACAAUUGAUUAUACCUAUAUUGGCCAUCGCAUUUAUGGAAAAAGUUUAGUUGCUCAACUUUGUUUCCUGUUACGAAGCACAACUACCCCGUAUUGUAUAAUUACUCCGUAAUAUUUUUAAUUUUCAGUCGAAAUACCUGCUUAGGCUAAUACGCUCAGAAAAUGUCUUUUAUUAUUAUUAUACACUCAGCUCGUUGCACAAGUACCAUGAAACGUAUACACCAAUAUGCCCCGAAAGUUACUGAUAAACAAGUAAAUGAAGUUGCGUUCAAAGAUACGGCCUAGAGGACACAAAUUUCUAAUCAAAUAAGAAGUGGAAUUUAUCUGAACAAAAAGAAAAAAAAAAUAUUUGUACGAAUCAAGAGUCUACAGUACAGACUGUUGUACUAAGUAAUCUUUACUCGACCCAGGUAUAAUACACGAAGAGAAAGAAUUGUGAAUGAAAAGUAAAAAUAAUUGAUGAUUUUCCAAAGGAUUCGUAAAAUUAUCCUAUAUCUAUUAUAUUCUACAUCUAAGCGAUACGCAUGAAUUACGCGAAUUGCUCGUUAUGUAUGCUCUUAACUACGUGAUGUGUAAAUUUUAAUUAUUUAUGAAUAUUUAUGGAGAUAAGACAAAAAAAUGGUACUGCUAUUUAUCCCAUCCGAAGAAUUAAGAGAUGUUCGAUCGAGAUACGUAUAAAUAAUAUUGACACUUUAUCGUAAGAUAAGCUUAUCUCUUCAGACUUAAGGAUUAACUGGAAGCAAGCGUUCAUUUUUGUGUGUCUUUGAUUAUAUAUAUAUAUAAACUCGUUAAGAACAUAUUUAUAGAUAAAAUGGACAUCGCUCCUGUGGUAUGUCUUACAAGAUUUAAGUCUGAUUUUUAAAUACCGUAGAGAACAAGUGAAAAAACCUUCCGACCAAACCUCGUCAUAUCAUAUCGAAGUCAUAAUUUCGAUUCUAAUGGUUAAGCCCUUAUAAAUUCUUGCGAGUUUUUUUCGUUUUCAAUCCAGUUAAGAAUUCUGCCUUUUUAACGAUUCGUUCGAAUCGUCAUGAUGUUAUCAAAAAAGUUGACUCCACGUAUACAGUAUGGUAUAUACACAUACCUUAGUGUAUAAUUAUACUUAAUAUGUAUACAUUAUAUAUAUAUAUGUAUACACUGCACAUAUAUAUAUGUACACAUUAAAAUUUAAAUAUUAAAAUAGCAGAUUGCAGAGAAAAUAAAUACAAAAUUUCAUGUGACACAUUUCAAAUGUCAAAUCGAAUGAAAAAUAUUUGCAGAUCGAAAUAAGAUGACGCAUCGAAGAUUUUUAAUGGAAAUAGUGAAACCCAAAUUGAUUUAUUAAUAAAAAUUUAUUAUACAAUUUGAAUAAUAACAGAAGGGGAAAGUAUAACCGUCUUCGUUUGCUUAGUUCAUUUUAAAUUAUAGUUCAUUCGCGCAUUUACUAAGUCAUUCUUAACGUUCCGAAUAAACUCUGUGACUCUGUGACACUCUGUGAUUUUAUUUUUAUUUUCCGAGUAUCGUGAAUAUACCGGGUAUAUCAAAAUAUUAACUAUCAUUGUUAAUGCAUUGGUAGAACUUUUGGUCUACCCUGUAUACGAAUAUUAUAAUAUUAAUGCCUGUAAAACGGUUAUACAGAGUCUAUUGAAUGUAUCCAGUUUGUCUGUUUGUUCAUUGGGGAUCUAAAUUAAAUGUGGUCGUUGUUAUGUGCGUGAGUUAUGAUAAAGAAUAUAAUGAUACGCAAUGAACGUGGUGAAACGGG